AUGGCUUCUUACUUCCUUAAAAUGAAAGAGUCCAGGUCUUCGUCUAGUCCGUCUCAGUCGAAUUUUGUUCCUCCUCCACCGGCAUUCCAGUCAAGGGGAAGCCAGUACUCGCGGUGGAAUGAUGGAUCGUCAUCUAUGCAGCACAACAUUCCUCCUCCUCCGCCUCCUGAUGAUUCUUUGUAUCCAACUCCAUCACCAUCACCACCACCACCUCCGACUCUAUGUAUCUACCUCCACCUCCCUCACCGCCUUCUUCCUCUUCCUCCGCCACCUCCUUCAUCAGCCAUUAUGAAAAGCUUUGAGGCUACAAGCUCAGAUGCAGAUAAACCUGACAAAUUUCUGGCAUAUAUGGUCCCUGCACCAAAUGAGCUAUCGAAGGAUAUGUAUGAUGAAAAUGAGGAAAUCUCAUACUCUUUGGGUUCGAGAGUACGAGGUGAUGAUGCAGAUGAUCCUACUACAUAUAUUGUAGCAUUUGGUGAAACAGAAGCCCAUUACAUGUAUGCAAGACAAGUUGGACCAACUGAGACCGUGUCGUGUCACCCAAAGUAA